AUGACGGUUAAAGUUAACGGACAAGAAGUAACGAGUAUAGAUUUAAAUUCGUAUAAAUUACCAAACGUUGGUGUUGGUGUGGGUGGUGGUGGAUACGAACCGGAAGUAAGAAAUUAUCAACAAGUUAAUUCAUUUGGUGGAGAAGUACCAUCGUUACCGCAAGAUAAUACGAAUGAAAAAAUCGUUAGUCCAGAUAGUGAAAGAUCAAAAGAAGAAAAAACUUUGAGAGAUUUCGUACCUGAUCUCGGAGUUGAAGAUAAAUUAAUUAAUAUUUUUCACCCCAGACCGAUCGUAGAUACGGCCACGAAAACCGAAUUAAAUUCAGUAAGUCCUGGAAAUAAAGCUGACGUACUCGGAGAAUUCGUCGUUAGAAGUUCCGAAUCCGUUUCUCGUGCAAUAAAUGCCGUGCUAACCGUACCCAGACAAGCAUUUAAACAAUUAUCAACGGGUGCAACGGAAAAAUUAAAUCAAAUCGGUGCAUACAUCGUCGGUUUAUAA